CGGGUAUAUACGAUCUACACCACGUGACGUCAUAAUUGGUGUAUUACAAAGUGAACCGAUGUGCGAUUCAAACGUGUGUUUCGGACUGCUCUAAUUCAAAUCGCGUUUAAAAAUGGACAACGCCGCUGUUCAGUUGGUCGGUGAACCGUGCCACCGUCACGGCGCGUAUACCUUCUUCAAGGCAUUUCAAUUCGUGGACAAGUGCGGCCAGAAGAGGACAAUAUCGAUUAGUGAAUUUUUCUUCGUCAAAAUAUGGAACGAUUCAGACCUUGUGAGCAUCGGCGAGCUGCAGUUGUUGUGGCAAGACAAAAAUAGUGAUCAAAUUCUCUCCAGCCUAAGGCUCUAUUUCCUGCCCGAAAAUACCCCCGAGGGCAGAAACGACGAGCACGGAGAGGAUGAAGUGAUGGCUAUCACAGAAAAAGUUGUGCUCAAAGCGGACGACCUGAUCUCGUGGAUAAUCGGCGGCAGCGUCGAUUGGCGUUGGGGACACCGGCCGCGCGGCCCCAAAAUAAAAAAGGAAAAUGCCGAUCCAGAGAUAAAGAAAGAGCCGAGCGAUUUCCGCACACAGAACGUGGUGGUGAUGAGCUUUCCCCGCUACUGCCGCUACCGCAGCGUGGUGAAGCGCAUCGAGGGCGAGGAGAAGGAGGCGCCGCGACACGCAGCGCUUACCGCCGCCCUCGGAGGACUGCCCGACGCCCAAGCGGACACCGUCGUUCUCUUCUGCAGGGACAACUUCGACUACCCCGAACUCGAGACACACGAACUCCUCUGCAACCACUUAGCACCCAAAUUCGCCGGAAGGCCGAGAAAGAAGAAGAGACGAAACGCAUCGCCAGGAUCAGAGUCCAAUGAGAGUGAAGGCUCGUCGUAUUCGGUAGAAUCAAUUGGAAAAGUAAAGCGACUGGGGUUGAAGCAGCCAACAAACAACAGACCUGGCGCUCCAAGCAUCAGAAAGAGAGGUCCAGUGCGGAAGUCACCGUCCAAACAAGAGGCCGAUUUCCUGCAGGGCCUCUACGCGCACAUGGUCCAAGUGAAGCAGCCCAUCGACAAAGUGCCCAGCCUGGGUUUCAAGCAGCUGGAUUUGUACGCCUUCUACAUGAAAGUGAGAGAACUGGGCGGCUACAAGAACGUGACCUCAAAGCGCAUGUGGAAGCGAGUCUAUGACGAACUUGGUGGCAGCCAGUCAAACACAAGUGCGGCCACCUGCACCCGCAAGCACUACGAAAGACUCCUGCUCGAGUAUGAGAACAAACUCAUCAAGGACAGCGUAACGCCUAAGAAGAGAGGCAGGAAGCCCAAGGAGUAUAAUAACCUGAUGCAGAAGCUGGCGAGCGACGCGAAGGCGGGCUCGAUGUGUCCGCCACUGAGUCCGGGCCGUCGCAAGUCGUGCGGCGAAGAAUCGCCAGCCAUGAAGAGGCGCAAGCUGGAGAUUCUGGCCAAGGGCGGACUGGACAUCCGGCCCGUGGCGGCCGCGCCACCGCCCAUCAUGCCUGAGGCGGUGCUGCUGCAGCCACAGAAACUGUCGAGCGAGGUGUCGAUCACGGUGACGCCGGACGUGUCGCACAUGCUGUCCGAGCGGGCGUCCUCGGCGCUGUCGUACAAGCCACCGAUGCAGCGCUUGGUGCCCAACGUCAGCAUGUUCAGCAUGACAGGACGCGUCUACGACAACCCCAAGGUCUUCGACCGCAACGACGACCGGCCAGAUGGCGGCGUGCUUGACCUCACCAUCAAGCCGGUGGCCAAGCAGCCCGUCGCCGCGCACCGUAACCAACACUACCCCAACGUCUCCAUCCUCCCGCAGAAUGGACACCACGCGCCCUCAAAGCAGGCGAAAAAGACUGAAAAAAGCGGCUCAAGCCUGGAAAUCACAUUGGUUCCUGCGGCAACUGCGUCAGGUUCGGUGGCCGCCCCGCCGACAGGCAAGGUGAACGGCAGUCGGGGCCACCCUGGCCGGCCAAGCAAGGGCGAAGCGUGCGGGGGCGGCGGACAGGGCCAAAUGGCCGCAACGCCGUUCAACCCAAUGCUGCCGUUCAACCCCGAUUUCUACUACAAUGCGGCGCUGUCGCAGAUGCUGAGCCAGGGCAGCUUCGGUCUGCCGGGCCAGGGCCAAAACGAGCUGUACAAGAGCCUAAUGCAGGCGCACCACCUGCCCGGCCUGCUCGCCUGCUUCAACCAGGUUCAAAGCUUCCCUGGCCUGCCCAGGGACGGAUCUACCUCCAUCACGCCCCUUCCGCGCUCAUCUUCCAAGCAGUAGUCACUCAUUCCUCCUCUUCUUUAUAUUUUCCCCUGUCGGACGAAACAACACACUAAAACACAAACACACAAAUGCCAUCUCGGUCUCAGGGAUUGUGUCCGCAGUUUGUCCUCUUCCUACAAUCAACGCUCAAUCGGAACCUAGAGGUUUCUUAUUUUUUUUAUAUGUUUGAAGAAAGAUUAUUGACAGAAAUCAUUGGAAAGUUCGGAGCUGUUAAUAGAUAGUGCCACUGUUGAUUUACAAUUUUACAGCGCAUUUAUGGUGUUAAUAUAAUUUAUUGAUGAGCUGGAAACCAAAAUCAGUCCAGUCGAUCACUGUAGAAACCUGUAAAAAUUUGUUCUCUAUUGAUAUUGACAAAAACCAGAUUAUUUGCCAUAUCAAAUUCCGAAUCAUUCCAAUCAGUCAAUUUUACCAUUUUACUGUUGGGAAAACCCAAAUUGUUGCUACACACUUUGUUUCAUUGUUAGUUACAAACUUAUUGAAAUUAAAAGUUAAAAAUCGCAGUGCAAAAUACCAAAAAUUGUAAAUUAACGGUGAAGUCAUCAGUCGACAUCUACAAACACUAAGAAACUUGCCCAACUGGCUAAUUUAGUGCAGUAAAUCCAAUAUGUAAUAAACUGUUGUCAAUUCUGCCUUGAGACGAUUAUUUAAUUCAAAUUUUUGUAUUAUUUAAAAUGUGGCUCCAACGCCUAAAAAAUUGUAUCCUGAAUCAUAUUAUUGUCUUAUGUUUAUUUUCCACAUCGAAAGGAUAUUGGGUUGAGGCUUGGAAUGAGCCUUAAUAAGUUUAUGAUUAUAUUGUUUAGCGGAAGGUGGCGCAGACUCAAGCGUCAGAAAAGGGUAUUUGCUUAAAGAGUACAACUGUCAAUUCCAGUCCCCUACAAAUACGAACUAACUAAUUAACUGCGUUUGCUGAUUAUUUUUGACUUGCUAGAGGUACCUGGAUUUGGUUUCACCAUAUAUAAAUUUGCGUAGCUAGUAAUAGUGGAAGGUGACUCUUUCUGUGAUAUUUGAUUUGAUGGCCAAUAAUAAUUAAUAAAUAACCUUACUCGUUGAUUAAAUGUUACGGCCUUACAUGUUGAAACAGUUUGCUAGCAGUGUGAAUCAGUUAAAAUUUAAUUCCUCUUCACUACCUACAUAGACAGCGAUUUUGAUUUUUUUGUACAUAGACUGAAACUCUGCGUUUUUUUAUUUGUGUUCAGUUUAUUUUUUUUCUUGGAUGAAUGCUUUGUGCCAAAACGAGUGCAAAACUGCCUAAAAUCGGAGCGGAUUUUCAUCAGUCCGACAUUAUAUACAUUCUAUAUAAACAUAUAUUUCCAUUUCAGUGUUCAAUGAUCUCUUUGUAAAGGUGAACGUGAAUGAACAAACAAGCACACAAUACUGCCACAUACAUAUGUAUAAUUAACUCUUAAGCCAGUUGCAAUUAAAUCUCGGGUGAAUGGUGUCUCUGGGUGACGAACGAACGAAAGACAUUAUUUUCUCCUGUAAAUACCAAGGUGAAUUUAUAGUGUAUAUCGAAAUUAAAAAAUGUAUGCAGGCGUCAAAUAGAAAAAAACACUGUUCUUUUGCACUAAUCUGAAUGUGUUGCAGCAAACUAAUCGACAAAAAUCUGCAUGUGUGUAGUAAAAAUUGCAAGUGGGAGCAGACAUAAAAAGCAAAGAAUGUGACCUGUAAAAUAAAUUUCUAUACUUUUAUAAUGAAAUAAAAUUCAAUAAAACUGUCCAUUUGCAUUUGAAAAA